AUGGUAUUUGGCUUUACCAAUACGCGAUUCACGAACUACGCUCCUGGCGACACCAUCCAACCUUUAGAGAGACUCCUGGGAGAGGACACCGAUGCAGGACUUUCGCUCCCAGCCAACGCGACGUAUUGCUUUGAUUUGGAGAGCUUUCGUCACCUUGCAGGGUCAAAGAAAGAAAUUUGCAUGACAAACAAAGACGACUUUGAGCGCAGCUGGGGGCAUUCUCGUGAUGAGACACUGCGCUUGAUUGGACAUUUCAAAUCAAUACUUCCCCAUCUAAGGAAGAGCGCAAUGAGCCCGAAUGGAACCCGCAGGAGCAUACAGGAACUCACGAGGCCAAUGGCGGACAUGUCGCAAAUGAUCAGGAAGAACAUCGCCCCCUGUACAGACAAGAAAGUCGAGCUCAAAGACAAACGGAUUGCUACCCUCGCGCUCCGCGCCAAUCUUCGCGUUAUCUCAUUCAUUGUGCAGCCUUGGGGGGCUCGAAUCAAUGCCAUCACUGCCAGCAUCACUGGACCGCAACUACGGACUUUGGAUAACAUGGUCAUGGAGUACGAGCAGGAGCAUGACAUUAUCCGCGACGCAGCGGCAAAGUUUAGCAUGUUCCUGAAGCAACAUUCCAUCACGCCCAUCAACCAUGCCACGGAGGCAUACCUCCAAUUUCUCAUCAAAGCUGAACAAGAGAAAGUCGAAGUCGGCGGCAACGACGAGAAGCUUGGCGCCUUGAGAGAGGAUCUCAAGCGCAACAAAGAGGCCGUGGAAGUGCUGACCUGCUCACUCAACUCAUUUACGACCGCCACAGCGGAAUGA